AUGGCUCUAGAGGGAGGCCAAAUCGCCACUAUUGUCACUUCAGUGAUCGCCUUGGUUGUGUCAUCCACAGCCUUGCUAUGGAGCACUCUGCAGCUCUUUCAUUCGUACCUGGGCUCUGCAAAAGGAUACUCUAGGAUCAACGCAGCAGUCAUGCCAGGAUGGGUUGCGUUCAAGCGCCGCGUUUUCCACAAGGCCGAAUUUCGCUUUGGGGUCAAGUACGAUACACCAGUCUUUAUUGUUUGCUCUGUUGCAAAUGAAAACUUUCCCAUGCCGAACCAGACUUCACUGUUUAUUGGAGAUGACAGAGACACCCAAAGCCAAGCUGAGAAAGACCCCGAACAGAAAGAUGUCAAAAAGGUUCCCAAGAAAGAUGAUGUUAGCCUUACUAGACAAGGGGAGAGAGUUCAGCUUAUCCCUGUAGAGUCGCAACCCCAAAAGGGUGUCCACACGGUCAACAACGAACAAGCUACAUGGAUAACACUGCUGUCAGCACUGGACAAGAUGGAACACGAAAGUCGAAAAUGGGAAACUGAGCAGCCUGCCAAAAACACGCCCGAAUGUCCUCAGCCACCUCCAUUUCACACACGUUCGCUGGCUGUGGCUAUUCAACGAAAGACUAGAAGCUGGGAUAAUAUGCCCUCGAGCAUUACCAAGCCCUACGCGACAACUACAAUCUGUCACAUUAUGGAAAUGGCUGCCAUGCUGGGUUUGCAUUGGAAAGAGUUUGACCGAGCCAAGGAAAACUUUCUCGCAGAAGGCAAUGGCUUUGUCCUCAAGUCUACCAGCGUCUCCGAGCUAGGGACAGUCUUUACGUUCCAGGUUCGGGGCGCCAGCAAGUUUGAGGGCAACCGCACCAUUCCUGUUCAUCAGGUCAAGGAUUUGGCCUUUGGGCUUGUUCCCACCAUCUAUCACAAAGAGAACAGCGUCGACGAGAGUCGACUGACAGCAUUAUCUGCCGACGAGUUCAAAGACUUGAAGUACCUGCAAAUGGGCAGCGCCAAUGAACUGGCAGAAACACUUAUAUCAUUCGGCUGUAGUACCGAAGUCUCGGAGCUCAUUCGGAAGAACGAUACUAAUCAGCGACAUCUUUACCCUCUUGCUUUUGAGGUCUUGGGGAUGUUGGGCAAGAUUCUCCACGUCAAAGACAGCUUCUUUCGCACUGUGCCAAACCCAACAUUCUAUCAGUGGGAUGUGCGAUAUUUCAACAUGUCCGAAGCUCUGAAAGCUUUCAGUGCAGAGAUUCACACAAAUCCGUCACUGAAACAGUUCAACCCCAGCCUCGCUAGGCUCCGGACACAAGUGGAAAAUGUCAAAACAAUCUUGGAGAAACUUGGUCAAGCAGAUCGCCAGCAAAAAGUGGUCAAUGCCGAGUACUUGCAAUCCCUUCACAGCGCCCUGGAGACAUGUGAUGAGUAUCUCGAGGAGAAGCAGCCAAAUGCCAGACGGAUUCUAUCUAAACACAUACAAAUCAUCCUACUAUGCUUGAACCCAAAGUACGGCAAAGAUGAAGACAAGGCCAAUCACGAGGACAAGGACGUUAUCGACGCCUUUACCAAGUUGAACUCGGCACAGCCGGGGGAUAAAGAGAAGGAGCUUAUACGCUUGUACUUUAGCCAUGUGCUACGCAAGAUUCGUGGAAAUGGCGACGCGAGUGAGCACUCUGUCGUUGUUGACACUGAGAUGUGGUGCACCUUGGUUUUUCGGAGUUUGUGUUGGUUGGCACUACAUGACUUUCACAAGAAUGACAGACAACCCAAAGGGAAGAGUGAAUUGAUGGGCAGUAGACUUCCCGUAUAUAUCAUCUAA